AAACAAUUUAAAGUGUUGCAUUGCAUCAUCAAAGUAACUUUGACAAUGGUGGAACCUAUUGUAGUUGACGAGGAGUAUCGCAAGGAAAUAGAAAUGGCUCGACGAGAACUUGGCGUUUUCAUCACCAACAAUAAAUGCGCCCCUCUCAUGCUUCAAUUUGCGUGGAAUGAUGCUGCAACCUACGAUGCCAAGAGCAGAAGAGGAGGCCCCAACGGUUCUAUCAGAUUAAGGAUUGGACAAGAGUUGAAACACGAAGCAAACAAGGGAUUGGAAAAUGCAGUUCAAUACUGUGAAAUAGUGAAGACCAAACUUAAGCUUAAAAAAGUUUCAUAUGCGGACCUUUACCAGGUUAGUGGUGCUGUUGCAGUAGAGGUCACUAAGGGUCCAACUAUUGACUUUGUUCCCGGCAGAAAGGAUUCAAAUGAGUCUCCACGAACUGAAGGGCGCUUUAUAGAUGGUGAAGAAGAUGCCAGGAAUUUAAGAAAAAUCUUCUCUCGUAUGGGUCUGAGUGACGAGCAAGACAUUGUGGCUCUAUGUGGUGGCCACACUUUGAUAAGAACGAUGUAUCCAAAAGGUGAGACACAUAAAGAUCGCUCUAAGUUUGAAGAAGGAAAAUCGACAAAUAAACCUUUGAAGUUUGAUAACUCCUAUUUUAAGGAACUAUUGAGUAAGGACGCAUCCUUUUCGAGGCUUCCUAUGGACUACGCUUUAGUAGAGGAUCCAAAAUUCCAUCACUGUGUUGAACGGUAUGCAAAGGAUGAGGAAAUUUUUUUCAAAGAAUAUGCAAUCUCACAUGGGAAACUCUCUGAGCUAGGCUUCAAUCUCAAUAAUCUAGAUCAGCCCAAGGGACCAUAUGCGAAGCUAAAUCAGCACAAAGGACUCAUAGGAAUAGGUAUAGCAUCAGUUGUGGUGACCGUCAUAUUAGGUUAUUUACUGAAGAGGAAGAAAAACCAAUUGAAAAAUUGAUCCAAAACUGAACUUGGGGCUUAUUUUCUUCACCUUUUAAAAAAUGUAGUAUAUCUAAUUUGUAAACUUCAGAAGUUUGCAAAUGCUACUUGAGUUUAAUGUACAUUCUAUUCAACUCUCUGUUUU